AUGCCACCACCAGCCAAGCAAUCGGUUAAGGAAGUUAUCAAAUACCUUUCAAAGUACUCUGCGUGUGACAUUUCAGAUGCAUUAAAUCAACAGGGCAUAGCCAAUGGGGGAUUUAUCCCCAAUUUAAUUAACCGAUCACCGGUCUUGGCGACUGCGUCUGCCGUUGGAAAAGCUUACACUGUUUUGUACGCACCCAAAUCUGAUCCAAGACCAGCAGUGAAACAAUCCUAUAUUGACGAAGUGCCCGAGGAUGCAAUUAUUGUUAUUGGAUUGCCUUUGGAAUUGCAGUUGACCACUGCCCCCUACCACAAAGUGACCAAUGCCUUGUAUGGAGGUUUGAUGUCAACCCGGGCACAAUACAGGAAAGCUAACGGGUCAGUCAUCUUGGGAAGAAUUAGAGACUUGGAUGAACAUAAUGAACUCAAAUACCCUGUUUGGUCGUAUGCGACCGGAACAAGUGCCUCCGGCCCCGCCGUGAAAGUUGUGGGCAUUAAUGUGCCUUUAGAAAUCAAAGUUACCAGCAUUGACCCUUCAACGGAAGAGGGUAUUUUACACAUCAACCCUGGUGACUAUAUCAUUGCUGAUAAAAAUGGAGUUGUCAGGUUGGAAGAUAAUCAACAAUUGGGUGAAGUUUUGGAUUACAUACCAAAAAGAGUUGAAGCUGAUACCAAUGUCAGUAAUGAUAUUAAAAAGGGGAAACCAGCAGGUGAGUCACAAAAAUUUUGGAGAGGUAAAAUUUGA